AUGUCGCAACGACCGAACGAACCCGCGACACGAUCUUCAAUGCCUCCUAACAAUGAACGACCGCGAGACUCACCCGAUGGACACUCCUCCCCUUCAAGACGAUACGAUGGUGACUCAUUUCGCCAAAGUACUCCGCAUAUGAACGAUGCAAGAGCUAGCGGGGAGUUGGAGGGUAGUACACUGGGCAGCAGCUCCCGAGAAGGAGAAAGAAAGACGCCAGGCCAGCGGAGGACACAAAGCUCCAGCGGAUUCUUACUUGACUCCUUCCCUCGAUCGAAAAACACAAGAGUGAGCUUGCACCGCCCUCGACCAUCGGAGCCUCCUGCGGAUAAGCGUAGCGUCCCCGAACCCGAGAUCGUGGUCCCUAAGAAACGUUCACGUUUCCCUUGGAAUCGACAUAAACAUCAUGCAUCAGAAUCAGUUGCAGUGGAAAAUAUCCCAACACCAGAUAAUGCUCGCCAAGCUUCUACUCCUGAUAGACAGCCUUCUGGAGGCUCGUCGCCACCCGAGACACAAAGGAGCAGCAUGGAUCAAUCGACACUUGGGCUAGAUAGAGAUUCAAUCCAGAUUGUGAAUUUGGCUUUGAACUUGAAUGAAUCUAGGAGAAGGACGGCUUCUGGUAUUCCACCAGGCACAGGAGCUCGAAGACCGAUAUCUGUGUCUCAACCUGCUAUGCCGCAAGGAGAUAGCUAUGGGCAGUCUCCACAUGCACGAAACUUUCAUCGUGAUUCGGCAUUUCGAAAUUAUACCCAACUUCCCGGUGAUCGACUGUCACAAGGGACGUUGCCCAGUGUUGAGCAGUCCUCUGUUGUGAAUUUGUUACCUCCAUCUGCGGUCGAUGACCACCGAGCCUAUGAAUUCUCCGAAAGCACUUUGGUCCGUGCUGAAAGAGCUCGAACUCAUUUCGAUUUAUUCCAUGAAUAUGUCCGGCUGCUUCCUUUGUUGCCUCCUCUUCGGAAUGCCGGAAGAGAUAGCCAGACAGAGUCGACAAAAGUCGAACAACCCCACCGAGACUACAACCCUCUUCAAAUGAUUCGAAACCGUAAGGUUAGAUAUCGUGAAAAAUGUUCUAUCGACGCGGACGCAGAAGGAUGGCACGACGUGGAGCGAGUCCAUCAAUGGAUCAGCAAUGUUGAACAAAAAUACAGCUCGAGGAAUCAUGACCAGCUAGUAUCUUUGAGAUUGCCCCCAUUCCCGCAAGGUCACCGCAAUGUACAGCAUGGAGACCAGGAUGAUAUAGAUAUGAUGGCUACCUCUCCUCCAUCAAGUCUGCGACGUGUCAGUCGAACGAGCAGCAUGAAAGCUCGUCGGCCACGCAUUGAUUGGAAAUUAUCGCCUGCGGAGCUUCUGGCUGAUGCCGCUUGGCUUGAAGAAGGCACCAAUAAGACUAAGGUUGUCAACAAGGAUGGGUAUAAGCUAUACCCCGACUCGACACAACUGAUAGUAAUAAACUCUCACACUGAUCAUGCUGCGCAUAAACAGCGAUUAUCUGUUGAUGUGGAGGAGCCUGGCGACACACACUCGUCACCUCGUACAUCUAUGUCUAGUGCGCAUCCUGCAUUGAGCCAAGAAUUCAAGAGCAUCGGUCGUGGGCGACAUAGACACAGGUUCCGGAGCCAUUCGCACAGCAUACGAAGUCGCAGUGCCUCAAGCGUCCAGAAACCUUCGAAAUGGAAUAAAGUCAAGAUGCGUUCUGGCAGUGUUUCGAGCUCUUCAAGCACAGAUUCCAACCCUUCCAUUUACGGAAAGCAUCGCAUCUCUCGUGAAAAUACUCGAGAACAAUUUCACAAACUGGUUGACAAAUCGACACGAAACUUAUCUUCAAAUCGAGCAUCCCGUGCAAAUCUCCCUGCUGUUCAACCUGCCGACAUUGAUCGGGGCAGGACACCUCAGCCUUCUGAGCCCCUGCAAAUCAACACAAAAGAGAAACAAAGGCGCAAAAGGCGGUCCAUUUCAUCAGCAGGCAGUUUUGACAAUGGAGUUGAUCAUAGAAUGUCUCUUGAAGGGAUGGAUAGCACUGCGCCUAAUUCCCCUGCACACGCUGGAUACUUCCCGAGCAUCACAGUCAAUUUAUCCCCUCCUUCGAGUCGAUCUCCCUCCCCCGCAAAGAAGGGUCUUCGGCACAAGAUUGUCUCCCGCCACGAACGCAGCAAAAGCAAGCAACGAGAUCUAUUGCGCGAAGAUGAGAAUCUGGAAAGCGAAGCCUCACGUCAGCAUAGUAGUUUGGCAUCGCCCGAGCGCACAGAAACUGCUUCAAAGCUUGAGCCAAGUCCUUUUCCUGAUAUUGUGUCUUCGUCUUAUACCGAAGAUCCAGGCACAUCUGAAGGGAGUAAGAUGGAUGGACACAAGUCUCGCAAGGGGGCGCAUCUUCCUGAGUCAAAACUUCGAGGGAUUUUCAAGGGACCUGGCCGAAUAGCAGAGCUCGUGGGAAAUGAAGUCUCCAAGGUUGGGGACCUCAUCCUCAAGAAAGAGGCAGAUCCGGAAUCACGGAAAUCAUCAUCCGCAACUACUUUUAUGUCUGACAAUAGCGAUUCCGAUGAGGAGAGUAAGGUGGACAAGAAGUCCGGCUCUAAAAAACUCUUGGAGCGUCUCCCAACAUUUUCUGAGGAACCGGGGCGUUUACCUCGCAAAGAGUUUGAAAAAGUCUCAUCCCGAAGUUUUAUUCCAUCUCUUCCAAAUUUCACAUCUCCAUUGCGACAAAAUGAACGAAUCCAGGACCCAGAAGCUACCGACUUCGGCAGUUCUCGUGAACGGGUGACCUCUCCUCGGAAGCAAGAAACCAAUGACUCCAAGAACUUUGCUCUUCCACGCAGUAAAACUUUGGAUUUCGCCCCUUCUCUACACACCGGACGAGUUAAACAUGCGAUCAAGGAUCCAUCCGUUCCUUUCAGUCUCACACGACCUCCUGUUACUGGUCUCGCCAAUGCGCGUGCCUCCCCAGGUCUAUCCCCAGAUGGGAGACGCGCAGGGCUUUCAGGCUCUAGUCGUGCCUGGAGUAUCUCUGGACGAAGUCUUCGCACCCUGAACGAUACAGGUGUGCCCGGAAAACCUGAAAUUGAGCGCACACGAGCCCUCCUGCUAUCAUCCGGCAUCAAAGCCCGCGAAAUUACUCGUCGAGCCCAUGAAGUACGCGAAACAGCACCACACUGGCUCCAGGCUUCUCUGGACCCUACAGCACUAUCAUCUGCAUCCAUACCAAGAGUUACGCGUAUUGGCGAAUUUGAUCUAGCGGCUCAAAACCUUCUGCAGCGCUUCGAAAAGACCCAAUACUCAUUCCAACAUUCUAUGCAUCAAUUCUCUACAAAUACAUCCUCCCCUCUUCGUGAUCAACUCAAGAGCCUGGAAGACCUGAUCAACCAAUCCCUCACUCCCCGUGUCCGAUCCACAGCAAACGAUGCCGAGGACAUGUGUGUCCAGCUUAAUACCACCUGCACACUCGCCGUGAAGCAGCUCAGCGAUGCCCUAGACAUGGGUAUUCGCAAGCGGCGGCGUCGACUACGAUGGAUUCGUCGAACCGGCUUCAUGGUCCUGGAAUGGGCCCUCGUUGCUAUGCUGUGGUGGGUAUGGCUGAUUGUCAUGGCAUUCAAGCUUGUACGUGGAGUUUUCCGGGGUGCCUUCUCUGGUGUACGAUGGAUCUUGUGGCUUUGA